AGUGGCUUCUUUGCGCGUGCAGUCAGCUGUGCGUUGCAGCUCCGGCUCGCGGAAUGCCCGGGACGUGGUGGUGCUGAAACGGACAGCGCCGCUCCUGUGAACGGCUAUAGACGGACAUCGCGUUCGACAACAGCGCGUAUCGAUGCUGAUGAAUACAGCUGCUUAGAAGUCUACAUAACUAACUUCGAUCACUGUAAUCUGUCGUGCAAGGUUGCUUUUAAAACUAUGUUUAUGCAGCGUGCAUGCGUGCGUACGUGGGUGCUCAUCGGCGCGUUUCGGGGCCAGCAGUGUUUGAGUAUUUAACAACGCGCUAAAUGAACAACGAACCUUUCGAUCUGAAGUUAACGACACUUGGCGGUAGAGUUGUUGGUGUCGUUGUUGCUGUACAGGAAUUGGAAAUCAAGAGCUCCAUUGUGAUAUGGGUCCCGCGUUUAACGUGAGCGCUGUGAAUGCGUCUCGGCUUCGUGGCAUCCUCAUGAACGUCACACGGGGUGAAGAAAUGCCCUUCAUGACGGACGCGUGGCUUGUACCUCUUCUCUUCGCUCUCAUCAUGCUCGUGGGGCUGGUGGGCAAUUCUUUGGUGAUUUUCGUCAUCACGAAAAACCGACAGAUGCGCACGGUCACCAACUUCUUCAUAGCACGGUUGGAUACAUACGUAAACCUGGCUGGCACGGACAUCAUCUUUCUGGUCUGCUGCGUUCCAUUCACGGCCACACUUUACCCACUGCCAAGCUGGGUGUUUGGUGACUUCAUGUGCAAAUUUGUCAACUAUCUUCAACAGGUGACGGUGCAAGCCACCUGCAUGACGCUCACAGCGAUGAGCGUGGAUCGUUGCUAUGUCACGGUGUACCCGAUCCGCUCACUCCAGCACCGCACCCCCUGUUUGGCUGCCUGCAUCAGCAUCGGCAUUUGGAUCGGUUCGCUCGUGAUGUCUCUGCCCAUGGCCCUGUACCACAAGACGGACACGAAGGAGUGGUACGGGCCCAAGACGUACUGCUUUGACGCCUUCCCCUCUGUGCCCCACGAGCACGCCUUCGUGCUGUACAGCUUCGUGCUGGUCUACAUGCUGCCACUGGUCACCAUCUCCGUGUGCUACAGCAUUAUGAUCAAGAAGAUCGGACGUCCCGCGGUGGAGCCUCAGGAUGACAACGUGCAGCUGCAGAUGCUCACAGAGCGGAACGAGGCGACGAGGGCGAAGGUGACUCGUAUGGUUGUGGUGGUCGUGCUGGUCUUCAUGCUCUGCUGGGGGCCCAUCCAGCUCUUCAUCCUCUUCCAGAGCUUCUACCCGCACUUCGCCAUCAGCUACACCACGUACAAGCUCAAGACAUGGGCAAACUGCAUGUCGUACGCCAACUCGUCCAUCAAUCCGUUCGUCUACUGCUUCAUGGGCGACAGUUUCCGUAAGACCUUCAAGAAGGCGUUCCCGUGCCUGUUCAAGGCGCGCGUGGCGCCUGCGCCCGACGCUGCCUACACCGAGAUGAACAACAUGAACCGCAGAGGGGCGUGAGCAUGGGCCUUGCACACGCGCGCGCACGCACAAACGCACAAGAUCCCAUUGAACGCGGAACGUUGCGCCAACGUUGUGUUACAAACGGUUCCGGGGACGUUGGCAGCCAAGAAAUAUCGAUGCUGGUACACAGGGCUUAGACAUUUUCUUGCAUGCUUUAUACGUGGGGCAAAUGAAAACAAGUCAAGGGCCUCCAAAAUUAUGGAGAUGAUGCAAAACAAUUGAGAUCACGCAUAGAAAAUUGUGCUGCACUUGAAUGUAGCAAUUUCCCGAACCGCGUUGCCAUUGUAACUCUGUCGUCCCGACAGGUUUGUUCCUUUCACCUGAAGAAGGCCGCUUGUGUUGUGGCCGAAACGUCGUGAGAAUAUUAUUGUGUUAUUUUAUUUUAUCAAUUUAUUAUUUUAUUCUCAUUCUACGUGACUUUACCGAACGAACCAAAGAAGAGAUUGUGUAAUGCUUUGGUAACUAAACUAAUAAUUCAUGAAAUAUGGGAUGUUCAAAUCUCCCGGUGAUCACAAGCAUGUACAUAUGUACGUUCAUGCCCCAAAGCACGCGAAAACAUACAUUAUUGGUAUUUAAUAAUAAUUUUAGUGUAUUUGGUAUUCGUGCCAUUCUUAUGGCGCAAGGCUAUCACAAAGUCUGCAGUAUUUUCACAAUUGGUGGUGGGGGGGGGGGGGGUGGAUGUUACUGUGUGCUAUCCCAAUUGAGUAGUUUGCAGAUAUUUUUUAUAAUUUGGACCAUGACGCUGGCACACAAUGGGCCUUUUUGAAUCAUGUCAGUGGGAUAAUGAACAUCCACAGUGAAGCAGACUGUGUACGUGUUAUGAUUAAUGCACCCGUAGCGAUGACCAGGGUGGCCUGUCAGCGGUGAAUGCCAGUGUGUACCAUCCUGUGGACGCAAUGGGUACAUAAUGCACAGUUCGUUGAUGCACACGGAAACACAAUUGUGGAUGUGAAGUGCAUAACUAAGUGUAAUGAUGCUCACAUUGCCAGCAGCAGUGCAUGGACAGGGAAAAUACGUACUUAUGCAAUCGAGCUCAGAGCAACGAUUUUGACAAAACAGAGAGACACGGAACAGCAUUCGCAUACAGCACAAAUAAUACCAGUUUUUAAUGUCAUUUUCAUUGUAUUAUGAGUUCCAUUUAUUCCAGAAGAAGUAUAUUCAUAAAAUCGAUAGAACGGAUAAAAAUGUUCAUAUCCAUUUUGGCUCUUAAAUAGGAUACACAUUUACGAGUCUGUUAUACCCAUUGAAUAAAUGCAUUUUGGACUGGGUGAGUAGAUGUUUACAAAAAAUACAAGAUGCAAGUGAUUAAUGUUAUCAAAUCACAGUCCAUAAUCGGGACACGUAUCUUGUAACGAACGAGGCAUUGAUCCAUACUCUUUGGUUCUUUCGGUAAAGUCACGUAGGUGAAAAAAUAAAAACAAUAAAUAAAAAUAAAUAAAUUAAAUCACGACGUUUCGGACGCAACACAAGCGCCCGUCAUCAGGUGGGACAAUGACAGCAAGAAAACAAUUGCUAAAGUGGUCAAGAGGGCUGCUGCAAAACAAGAGGUUAUAUA